GCUCGUGAGUUUCGUACCGGGGAUAAUGAGGAGACGACACAGCAAGGUCCAGCCUUAUUGCUCAUUCUGAAGUGGGGUGGAGAAUUGACAACUGCUGGAAAUUUGCAAGCGGAAGCUUUAGGCAAGCUAUUUCGUACACUUUAUCCGGGUAUUCGACGAGCUGAUGGGAAGAGUUCACCAGAGGAUACACAGGGUCUUGGAUUCUUACGUCUGCACUCAACUUAUCGUCAUGAUCUCAAAAUAUACGCUUCGGAUGAGGGACGCGUACAAAUGACAGCAGCAGCAUUUGCUAAGGGCAUGCUUGCUUUGGAAGGUGAACUAACACCAAUCCUGAUGCAAAUGGUUAAAUCGGCCAACACGGAUGGUCUCUUAGACGACGACUGCCAUGCUCGAGACUUUCAGUCUGAACUCAAGGGCUACCUUCAUCAAGCUCUGCAGGUGGAUCGCGAAUGGACUCCAGAAGACUAUAAAGCGUUAAACCCGGAUGGUUUGAAA